UGCUCGAGAUUUAUCGGCCAAGGAAGAAACCUGAAAUCGCGGCUGUAUGUGGAAUCACUGAAGAUACAAAAAACACGUCACACGCUCAAUAAAAAUGACGGAGCCCCCUCCCCCGUCAUACACGCGCUACUUACGUCACAUUCUAAGUAUACAUAAGCAUCCGUGAACUUUCCUUCAUCCCAUUGUGAGCACGGCUUCCGUAGGGAACCCGAAACAUCUGUUAGAUUUAUUCCUUUUUUAGUACUUCUUUCGGUCGCUGUUCGUCGUUUUAUUGCUUCAUAUAGUUUACUUGCUCCUUUUUCCAUGCAUUAUGUCCUUUUUGCUAUGUUGAAUUGAAGUAUCGCCAUGAUUGCUUGUAGUGUAUGUUUGUAGGAGCGUAAUUGUAUGCUCCCACCCUGAUAAGAUCUUGUAAAUGAUCGCAGUAUCUCUAAAUAAAUAAAUAGAUAAAUAAAUAAAUAAAUAAAUAAAUAAGUAAAUAAAUAAAUAAAAAUUUUGUUUUGUACAAUUUUUCCUGUAGCUUGUACAUAAGGUGCCACUUAGCGGUCGCUGUGUGGCAAAUCUAUCUAUAGAUGUUACGUGCCACUCGUCGAGAACAGAAGGGCAAAAGCAACUUUCCAUAUUUCACAACCACGGUCACCAUAUCGCCAUCGCAAUUUCUAGAUCGCGCGCACGCGGGCACGCAGCACUCCAUUCACGCGCUGUCUAGAACGUUCGCGUUGAAGAUCGUCCUUUCACAGUCGACACUACGAUAUUAACAACAGAGCCUAAAGUAGCAGCGAACGCAGGGGUGGUUUAUGACACCACCGAGAGAGCACGGUAGAGGUGCGCCGUCGCCACCGCCGGAGGACCCCCACGUGCGGCGACCUGACCACGCAGCGUUCGUGGGCGCCUUGGGUCUGAUCGCGGCUGCCGUGUGCGUCGCCGUGCCCAUCGGGUUGCGCCUGAGCCUGAUACGUUGCAAGGGCAGCGAGUGCCUGUCGCUAGAGCGGGACAUGAAGCGCGCCAUGGAUCCCGGUGCGGACCCGUGCAGCAACUUCUACCAGCACGUCUGUGGCCGAUGGGUCAGUGGAAAGACGGACUUCGCAUAUGUCACCUACAAGUACAGGAACUUCCGGGACAAGGAUCUGAUGCGCGAACUGGUGACGGGCGUCUCGCUGACUCUGAAUCGCCAUCAGACCACCCGUGAUAAGCUUGCCCUACUGUACCUCAGCUGCCACGCAGAAGUUAACAACGAGGAGUCCAUUGGCGAUUUCCUACGUGUCCUUGGACUGACCUGGCCGAAGCGCUCCCACUCAAGUGCCUUCGAGGUAUGACGAACGUUUAGUCAGCGCUGCGCAUGUCUGCCUCUUUGUCACUUACUCGCGCGAUCAUCCGGGAAAUAUAGGGAAGACUUCUGGUGCCGGAAUUGCGACCAUGGCAUAUGAAGGCUUUCGUGGACUCAUCAAACUGUACAUCCUUGCCGGCGAGGUACAUUGAAAUGGUGUUUGUGACACUCGAGAGCUCGACUCACUAUGAUAAAUUGAUAACAA